AUGUUGAACGUUGAUAACAAUGAUGAUUGUCGCAACAUGUUGAACGUUGAUAACAAUGAUGAUUGUCGCAACAUGUUGAACGUUGAUAACAAUGAUGAUUGUCGCAACAUGUUGGCCGUUGAUAACAAUGGUGAUUGUCGCACCAUGUUGAACUUUGAUAACAAUGGUGAUAGUCGCAACAUGUUGAACGUUGAUAACAAUGAUGAUUUUCGCAACAUGUUGGCCGUUGAUAACAAUGAUGAUUGUCGCAACAUGUUGAACGUUGGCAACAAUGAUGAUUGUCACAACAUGUUGAACGUUGAUAACAAUGAUGAUUGUCGAAACAUGUUGGCCGUUGAUAACAAUGAUGAUUGUCGCACCAUGUUGAACUUUGAUAACAAUGGUGAUAGUCGCAACAUGUUGAACGUUGAUAACAAUGAUGAUUUUCGCAACAUGUUGAACUUUGAUAACAAUGAUGAUUGUCGCAACAUGUUGAACGUUGGCAACAAUGAUGAUUGUCACAACAUGUUGAACGUUGAUAACAAUGAUGAUUGUCGCAACAUGUUGGCCGUUGAUAACAAUGAUGAUUGUCGCAACAUGUUGAACGUUGGCAACAAUGAUGAUUGUCACAACAUGUUGAACGUUGAUAACAAUGAUGAUUGUCGAAACAUGUUGGCCGUUGAUAACAAUGGUGAUUGUCGCAACAUGUUGAACGUUGAUAACAAUGAUGAUUGUCGCAACAUGUUGAACGUUGAUAACAAUGAUGAUUGUCGCAACAUGUUGGCCGUUGAUAGCAAUGAUGAUUGUCGCAACAUGUUGAACGUUGGCAACAAUGAUGAUUGUCGCACCAUGUUGAACGUUGAUAACAAUGAUGAUUGUCGAAACAUGUUGAACUUUGAUAAAAAUGAUGAUUGUCGCAACAUGUUGAACGUUGGCAACAAUGAUGAUUGUCGCAACAUGUUGGCCGUUGAUAACAAUGAUGAUUUUCGCAACAUGUUGAACUUUGAUAAGAAUGAUGAUUGUUGCAACAUGUUGGCCGUUGAUAACGUCAUAUCAUACAAGAAAAGCCUUUAA